AUGGAUGCUACGGAAAGAGAAACCAAGUCUGGGAAUUCAGAUUGUAUAUCUGUAGAGAACAACAAAUCAUCGGUUCAAAUAAAGGUAUUGUUCUUUGCCAAAGCUCGAGAUUUAACCGGUUUAAGUGAUUUGCCACUGGAAGUAUCAUAUCUAGUUAGUAAAUACAGAUACGACCUUGUUGCAAAGUUUCCAAGCUUGGAAGAGAUCCGUGGCUGCGUAGUUCUUGCUUUAAACGAGGAAUAUGCAAAUGACUCAAUUAUUGUUAAAGACAAAGAUGAAUUGGCCAUUAUCCCUCCGAUAAGCGGUGGCUAA